AUUGCACUGGACAUAGUUCUGAAGAUGCUCGACUGCCAGCGUUCACAGUACUACUGAAACUUGUAGCUGACACUAUUUAUUUUAGUUUACAAUAACUUCCUGUUUUGUUUUUCCGCAAUAAUACUUCUGUGGUUUUUCACAACAGUCUUAAUUGUUUUUUUCAAAACCAUAGCAAUUGUGCGCGGAGCUCGUUUUUAAGUCAUGUUUAGAAAAAAAGAUCCGGAAAAACUCCACUUGGUCACCGAUAAUGCAACCACACUAUACACUAUCCCAGCUGAAAGGAAGUCUCAAAGUGAAGUAACAAACGGCACCAUCAAACACUGCCAUGACAACAGCCAUGCACAGGAGGAGAGAGAGCGCGAGAAAAAAGUUGCUAGGAAGCGACUCUACAUCGUCUCAGCUGUUUGUCUGGUCUUCAUGAUUGGUGAAAUCCUGGGGGGCUACUUUGCUGGGAGUCUGGCAGUAAUGACGGAUGCUGCCCACCUGCUAGUGGAUUUCAUGAGCUUCAUCAUCAGCCUGUGCUCACUGUGGCUAUCCUCCAGACCGGCUACUCACAAACUGAGCUAUGGCUGGCACCGCGCAGAGAUCCUAGGUGCUCUUCUCUCCGUGUGUACCAUCUGGUUGGUGACGGGCAUACUGGUGUACCUGGCAGUGGAGCGCUUGAUAAGUGAUGACUACACCAUCGAGGGCACACUAAUGCUCAUCACUUCAGGCUGCGCAGUGCUGGCGAACAUCAUCAUGGCGCUAACCUUACACCAAUCCGGGCAUGGGCACAGCCACGGCGGCCUGAGCUCGCACGGGCACAGCCAUGAGAAUGGAGAGAACCACAAAGCAGAGAAGGGCCACAGCCAUGCCCAUAGCCAUGCCCAUGGACAUGGCCCAGCGGGUCACCAGGACAUGGAGGAGGGACAGGGGGUGCCGAGGCGACCUCAGGCCAAUGCUAGUGUGAGAGCAGCCUUUGUGCACGUGGUGGGAGACCUGCUCCAGAGCAUCAGUGUGCUCGUCAGCGCCUUGAUCAUCUUCUUUAAGCCCGAGUACAAAAUGGCUGACCCCAUCUGCACAUUCCUGUUUUCUCUGUUUGUCCUUGGCACAACCUUCACUAUCAUGAGGGACAUCCUUCUGGUGCUCAUGGAAGGCACACCAGAAGGGGUGAAGCAUGGUGAGGUGAGGGAAGUUCUCCUGUCUGUGAAAGGGGUGAAGGCCGUCCACAAUCUUCACAUCUGGGCUCUGACCAUGAACCAGGCAGUGCUUUCAGCACACGUGGCCAUAGAUGAUGCUGUGGAUCCUCAGCCUGUUCUGAGGGAGAUCACUCAAGCGUUGUUCGACAUCUACAGCUUCCACUCAGUUACUAUCCAACUGGAGCCUCAAGCUGAACAGAAGCCUGACUGCACCUUGUGUGAGGAUCCGCAAAAAUAGGCUCCCCAAGGCCGUGGUCUUGUGACAACCUCUCAAGGUCACCCAAAGACGGAAAAGGAAAUUUGGGAGAACCAGGACCUUUUAUCCUAAUGUCUGUGUUUGUAGUUUUAAUCUAAACUUGAGUGCCUGGCCAACCUUUGGUGGACCUUGGACACCUUUGUGGUCUGUUUGUGUUUAUCAGGAAACUGGGCUGCAGUCACAAAACAAACAAACAAACAUCAGCUUGGCUCUUGAUUGGCACAUCCUUGGGGUUUAGAUAGACUGCCUUAGGGGCAAUAGCAAUUUAGUCAGAGGGGCAACAGUUUAUAGAGUAAAUAUCUGCACUCAGUAUGGUUUUGAUUCUUUAUCUCAGUUUUUUUUAUGGGAUUUAUUCAAUUGCUCUGUGCCAAACAUUCUGGUUCAAGUUGUAGAGCAGCUUUAAUGUAAUUCAAAACAAAAGGGUCUGUGAGCGAGAGUCAGAAUACUACAUUUUAUUUUUUACAUACGAAGAAUGACAAUCACUUCUCGCAUUUCUGUCAGGUCAGUUUUUCAUGAAAAAAAAAAACGAAAGAAAAAGAAGAAAUUAUGUGUGCUUUUCACUGUUAACCACUGUACUGUAGUGUAUGUCAUGACUAGUAAGACUGUAUUCAUUUGUACUUCCGUGAUCAUGUGUACUGUAGAACUGUGGUCAUGUGUGCUGUGGGAAUAAAAGGACCGCGGUCAUGUGUACUGUGUCCUUGCACCCCUUCA